AUGGGAAACAAAAAGAAGAAGCUACUGCAGAAGUACUUGGAAAAGAAGGAGAGACAGAAGGAGAGAGACUCGCUUGUCGAGCAGCUGAAAAGUCUUCAAAAGCGGCCAGAGGGAGCAGAGGCGAAGAACAUAAAAUCGACCAGCCAGCUCACGCGAAAAAAUAAAACACCGGUGAAAGAGAUAAGAAAAGAUGCAAAAAAUAGCAGAGAAAAAACAAACAGCAAAGAAGCAGAGGUUGAGCACACAGUGCCAGCAGCCAGUCUCGCAUACAGCUAUUCGAACGAUGGAAUAGAGUGGAAGAGAGCAGAGAAGAGGAAGAUAGAGAGCGCUGAGGAAUAUCUGCGCAUAAAACAGCCAAAAGAGGAAAAGAGACCUGCACAACUGCUAAAAACAAGCAAGCUGUUGUCCAGAGUUAGAAGUGUGAACAGCAUCCUCCCAAUAACCCAUAUGGAAGACGAAAUCGUUUCCUCUGUUAAAGAGAACCACAUUACAAUAAUAAGCGGAGGAACCGGGUCAGGUAAGUCAACGCAGGUGCCGCAGUUCUUGUACGAAAAUGGGCUGGCAGAGCACAAGAAAAUAUGCAUAACACAGCCGAGAAGAGUGUCAACACAGGCAGUGUGCAGGAGAAUAUCAGAAGAGCAGAAGUCAAAGGUGGGAGAUGUCUGUGGCUACAAAAUGAGAUACGAAAGCAAAGUGUCAGAUAAAACAGAAAUAAUAGUAAUGACAGAGGGAGUGCUGCUGCAGGAGCUCUCUGAAGACCCUUUUUUAUCGAAGUAUUCGGUUGUAGUACUGGAUGAAGUGCACGAAAGAUCGCUGUGCCAGGACACGAUUCUUCUUGUGCUGGCAAAGAUAGCAGUAAAAAGCACGCUAAGAGUAGUUUUAAUGAGCGCAUCGGUGACUGAUGAGUACAUAGAAGCAGUGCAGGAGAUAGCAGGCGUAAGCAUAAAGAGGGUGGAGGUAGAGCCACAGCAGUACGAGGUGGAGGUGCACUAUCUCCAGCUAGGAAAAUACCACUACCUGGAAGAGAUGGCACGGAGAAUAGAAGCGCUGGAAGAAAAAGAUGGGUCAAUUCUGGCAUUUGUCUCUACAAAGGAAGAAACAGAAAGACUGAAAGAGAGUCUGAAAAUAACUAAGAAAAGCGUGCAUUCUCUGCACAGCGACACACCAGAGAAAGCGCAGGAGAUAAUUCUGUCGUCCAGCAACUCUGUGAUAAUAGCCACGAAUGUGGCAGAGACAUCUCUUACUUUGCCGGAUGUAAAGUACGUUGUAGACGGAGGAAGAGAGAUAAAGAAAAAGUACAACUACGAGAACAACUCGUAUACGUUUGAGACUGCCCUGAUAUCCAAAGAGAGCUCGGAGCAAAGAAAAGGAAGAACAGGAAGAGUGGGGACGGGCGUGUGCUACAGAAUAUACACAACAGUGGAGUACGAAAGAAUGAGACAGAAUAGAGAGCCGGAAAUGGAGAGAGAAAGAGUGCUGCCUAUGAUAAGCUCUUUGCUAAAGGCAGGAGUCACUCCCAACAGAAUAGAUAGAGUGCAGUGCAUCACCAGGCCUCCAGCGGGGGCGAUAGACAAGGAGCUGUGCGAGCUUAAAAGGCUGUCAAUUGUAGGCGAAAACGAACUGACUGAGUUUGGGAAGAAAGUGCUCUCCUUGCCUGUAAACCCUGUGCUAGGAGCUGCUUUGAUGCGGAUAUAUAGCAGAUCACCUGAAUAUUUAGGAUACAUGCUGAACAUCGUAGCAUCGAUUGAGCUGUACGAGAAUAGGAAGGUAGAGUACACGCCUGCGUACGUAGCAGACACAAAGACAUACAUAGAAGUUCUAUCCAGACAGGGAGUAUCUGAAAGUCAAAAACAAAAAUUACUGAACCACAUUAAAAAGUCACUGAUAAAGAUAUCGCCUAAUAGUACGAUAAAUAAGUCGCUGGACGGUAAAGUGUCUAGCAGAGACAGCAAGGCAGCAGUGGUGUGUGGUAAAGUGCUUGCGUGGUGUUUAGCUGGGAACAUAGUUACGUCGUACAACGGAAAAUACUACCAUAAAGGACAGGAGGUAAGUGUAAGAACGCCUUUGCCUGUGAUAUCAUCAGAUAAGCCUGUUCCUAUUCUGUACUAUUCGUUAGUAUACCCUGACUCUGAAGACACAAGCAAAGUGGCGCUCGUGGGAAGUCUUAUACCCGAGCACUAG